AUGCGUCCUAUCUCUGUCACCACCGUCUUAGUCCUGGCCUUGGCCUCGACCGCAUGGGCUUUACCAACCAUGGAGGAUGCCACUCCCUACAAGGAAAAGCGUGGAAUGGAGGAUGCCACUCCCUACAAACGUGGAAUGGAGGAUGCCACUCCCUACAAACGAGGUAUGGAGGAUGCCACUCCCUACAAGGAAAAGCGUGGAAUGGAGGAUGCCACUCCCUACUAG